AUGGCGAUGGACGGUGCUGGAGUAUUUUUGCGUCAUCGGCAGAGCGUUGCUAUGCCUCAGUCGUUCCGCGCAGCAGCCUCUUCAUGUGUUCCAACUGUGCCGAAGUUGCACUCUCGCGGGCUCACGAGUGCUUUGGCCGGAGCUUUCGGAAUGAUGGGAGUUCGUCUGGUCCAGGGCCUCCGAAGCAGAGAAGUGGUGCGGGCAUGCAGCGGUCGCGGCAGGCGCCUGGUUGUAAGCUCCUCCAUCUCAUCGAGACAGGGCCUGGUUGGCCUCGCAGUCGGCUUCUUUGCGAUCUUCAGCUUUUCAUGCGGAGAGUGUGCGAUGGCGGCCGACGGGACGUCUCCAGGGUUUGCACUGGAUAGCGCCUCCCUGGCGGCAGGUCUUGGGGAAUGGAUCCGUGGCGAUACCUCAGGGCUUGGCGCCGUGCCCUUCAUCGCCGUUCACAUCGUUGCCAUCAUCCUCUGCUUCCCUGGCACUGCUAUCUUCGAGCUCACUGCGGGUGCUGUCUUCGGAUUCUUGCCCGGCGCCAUCGUGGUGGCAUCUGCUAAAGGACUGGCCGCGGCUCUCACUUUCUUCAUUGCAACAGCCAUUCGUGACGGCCCACCGGGUCGUUGGAUCCAAGAGCGCUUGGACCAGGAGGGCCAGGAAAAUGGGGGCCAAAGUUGGACGGAGAAGCUGAAGAGGGGAGUGAGGCGGGAUGCGUUUCGCUUCUGCCUCUUGGCCCGGCUCUCCCCGGUGCCUUCUUGGAUCAACAACUAUGCUCUGCCUUUGGCAGGCGUGUCUCUGAGCUCUUUCCUGCCAGCGACCCUCCUCGGCAUGCUGCCGCCACUUGCCUCGAACGUCUAUUCGGGCUCUGCAGCCGCUUCCGUUGCUGCAGCUCUCAGCCGCGGAAGCGGCGUGGAGUUUGACUGGAUCGGGGUGUCCCUGGGCAUUCUGAGCACACUGAGUGGGGCUGCCAUUGUGCAGCAGCUCGCAGCUGUCGCGCUGGAGGAGGAUUCUGAGAGACGCUGA